AAAGCAAGAGAGCGAGCGUGAAGACGAAGAAGAAAAGUGGAUUAAAUGGUCAGCAUAAAAGAAAGUCCAGAAAUAAAGUUGUCAGAGAGGCACGGUGAGAGAUGUUAGUGGUGCUUCGGUGAUCACAGUGCUUAGUCAGGGCCUGGAAAUGCAGCGUCUCACACCUGAGAAUCACAGCCGCUUCCGUUUGAGCAAGUGGAAAAACCUACUGCUGCCGCAGCUGAACAGACGCUCGCUGUAUGUGUACGGCAGUGAAGUGGCUGUGGAGAAGGAGUGCGUCAGACAGAAAGAGGGAGGUGUGUUGGUCAUCCAUCCCUUCAGUCGUUUAAGGAGUCAUUACAUCAUGUGUAUGGUGGCCAUAACAUUUCUCAAUCUAAUUGGCAUUCCAAUGGAGAUUGCCUUUCUAGAUGGCAACAGUGGCGUAGGUUGGGAGGGUUUUAAUGUGUUCUCGGACACUCUGUUCCUGAUUGACGUGGGGCUUAACUUUCGCAUGGGGAUCAUUAAUGAGGACAGUGAGGGAGCCAUUCUGGAUUUGAAAAGCAUUCGACAACAGUAUUUAAAAAGCUGGUUUAUACCUGAUAUGGUGGCAGCAUUCCCAGUUGGUUACAUACUACUUAUUGCGGACCUACAAUACCACGGUGACUCUCCCUCAUCCAGAGCCAGCAAAAUGAUGCGCAUCUUGAUGUUUGUGAGAAUCCUCAGUCUUGUCCGCCUGUUGCGUGUGUCAAGGCUUGUUAGGUUUAUUAAUGAGGUGGAGAGAGUUUCAAAUGCCAACUUGGAGGUGGUGAGGGUGUUCCUAAGAAUCUUGUCGUUAUUUAUGAUGAUUUUCCUGCUGUGCCACUGGAAUGGCUGUAUUCAAUAUUUUGUGCCUAUGCUUGAGGAGUUUCCCUCAGACUGCUGGGUUAGAAGAGAGAAUCUAAUGAAUGCCACAGUGGGAGAGAAGUACUCUUUUGGAGUCUUUCGGGCCCUCUCUCAUAUGACUGCAAUAUCAUACGGUUCCUCUGAAACACCCACAAAUGAGGUUGAGCUUUGGAUUGUCAUGACUAGCAUUGUGUCUGGAGCCCUCAUGUACACAGUGAUGGUCGCCAACACUGCUGCAAUGAUGACUGGUGUGGACAUAACAGCAAGAGCGUACAAGAACAAGAUGAAUCAUAUGGAAGAUUAUAUGACUUUCCUGAAGCUUCCCAAAGCCCUUCGUAUGCGCAUCAACGACUUCUUUCAGGCUCGUUAUGCAGGAAAAUGGUAUGAUGAGAAGGAUGUCCUGAAGUGGGUGUCUUCAUCUCUCAGAGAGGAAAUUCUGAUGACCAUGUGCUCGUCCCAUGUGAGAAAAGUUCCCUUUUUCCGGAACUGUGAUAUAAACUUCAUCAAUGCCGUUCUUCUGGAGCUGCAGUAUGAGGUGUACCAGGAGGGUGACAUCAUCAUCCGCCAGAACACUCCUGGUGACCGCUUGUUCUUCAUCGAGCAUGGGCAGGUCCUUGUGGAGAAUGAGUUUUUCCAGAGGGAACUGUGUGAUGGAGACUGCUUUGGAGAGUCAUGUCUCCUAACAAAAGGAAGGCGUUUGGCCACAGUACAAGCUCUGACUGUCUGUCAGCUUUUUUCCUUGUCGGUGGACUCUUUUCAUUCUGUUCUGAAGGACUAUCCAGACAUCAGGAGGGACCUGGAGACAUUUCAACAGGAUAAAGACAUUUUGUUAUGUUGAGAAAAUGGCUACACUUGCAUCAAGCCCCUCCUGCAGCUUCCUAAGCAUGCACUUUGCCUGCUUUUGAUUUGCCAGCUUUGCUUUACUUGGAUCUUCCUCUAUAUUGGCAUAGAUUUCCAGAUGUGGUUUUGGAAUAUUCUGUUCCUGCUGGUGGAUGUGGGCUUAAGUAUUCCCUUUUCUACAGUGUAUAACAAGCUGUCGGAAAAUGGACUUUGUAUAGCAAAUAAGGUAUGACUUGGCAACCGCAUUGGAAUGGGAUUCCUCUGAGAAUACUGAUAGGAUGAUUUUAGACUGUUUGUAGGCCACCUUCUCCAGCUUCUCUACUCCCUCCUGGCCUCCGCUGCUAUACUACUUUCCAAGUGCCCACAGGAGGAUGCACAGCUCACAGAUAAGCAUAACCAGUCACAAUGUCAUGUUGUUAGGACCUCUGCCGCUUGCUCCUCUAGUAGGUUUCUGCUUGUCUGCACCUCCAGGGUCUGCCUCUUAGCGUCUUCCUCUGAAGUAUCCAGAACAGCACCCACUGGUGACCUUCAUUUUCCUGUAGAGGACAUUCAUUUUAUCUGACCAGGUCUUCACUGUAGGUAUCUAUCAGAGAAGCCUUGUUUAAAACAGAAAAUAUGUUUAAUGUUUUGGCCAAUAUGUUAGUGCUUUCAAAUUCAAUUUUACGUUAAAUAUGUCCCACAAAAGUCAGCCGAUUAUUUCCAGAAAUCAGCACAGAGGAUGUACAAAUUCUGUCGGGGCCUAGGAAAAACUCACCAUAAUUUACAUUUUAAAAAUUUUAUUUUGGGGGGAAAGGGUCAAAUUUGCUGUUUCAUAAAAUGAGCCAUAGGUUGUAGAGAUAAUU